AGUGGCAGCGGGUGGGCCGGGCUAAAAUGUAGCGAGCCGAGGAAGGUUCCGGUCUCCGUAAGGAAAGCUAACGGCCUUUUUCUUAGAUGCUGAGAUGAAUCACUACCUUUGCAUUUGGCUUCUUAGACGUCCUUUCCUGAAUGCUUAUCUCCGGUGUCACAUCUAUGCCCAAUUUCAUCAAUUUAAACAGCUACAUUUUAAAACAAGGCUGCAGGUUCUUGGACAUAACAAGAAUCACAUUCUGUGUUGUCUUCUAAAGAAGAAUUGGUGCAGGAGAUAUUGUCAUCAAGAUACCAGUAUGAUGUGGAAGCAUGAAGCAUUUCAGAAAUAUAUGAAAGAACUAAGUAAGGAGUACCAAACACUUAGUCAGUGUCUGCAGGACAUCCCUGUGAAUGAAGCAGACCGGAGGUCCAAGAUCCGAAGGCAUGCUGAAUUGGCACCACUUGCAGCCAUUUAUCAAGAAAUUCAGAAAGCUGAACAAGCAAUUGAAGAGUUAGAAUCAGUGUGCAAAAGUCUAAAUAAACAAGAUGAAAAGCAGUUUCAAGAGCUUGCAUUAGAAGAAAGGCAUACAAUUGAUCAAAAAAUCAACACGCUGUACAGUGAGCUUUUUCAGAGUCUGUUGCCCAAGGAAAAAUAUGACAAAAAUGAUGUUAUUUUAGAAGUGACAUCUGGAAGAACUACUGGAGGUGAUAUCUGCCAACAGUUUACCCGAGAAAUAUUUGACAUGUACCAGAAUUACUCAUGCUAUAAGCACUGGAAAUUUGAACUUCUAAAUUAUACACCAGCAGAUUAUGGUGGACUACAUCAUGCAGCUGCCCGAAUUUCUGGCGAGAACGUCUACAAGCAUUUGAAGUAUGAAGGUGGGAUCCACCGAGUUCAGCGAAUCCCUGAGGUGGGCCUGUCAUCAAGAAUGCAGCGUAUUCACACAGGAACUAUGUCAGUCAUUGUCCUUCCUCAGCCAGAUGAGGUAGAUGUGAAAGUGGACCACAGGGAUUUGCGUAUAGAUACAUUUCGAGCCAAAGGAGCAGGAGGGCAGCAUGUAAAUACAACAGACAGUGCUGUCAGGCUUGUCCAUAUCCCCACGGGGUUAGUAGUAGAAUGCCAACAAGAACGAUCACAGCUAAAAAAUAAAGAAAUAGCUUUGCGUGUGUUAAGAGCUAGACUCUACCAGCAGAUUAUUGAGAAAGACAAGUGUCAGCAACAAAGUGCUAGAAAACUUCAGGUGGGAACCAGGGCCCAGUCAGAGAGAAUUCGGACAUAUAAUUUCACCCAGGAUAGAGUCACUGACCACAGGAUAGCAUAUGAAAUUCGUGACAUUAAGGAAUUUUUAUGUGGUGAGAAGUGCCUGGAUGAACUAAUUGAGAGACUGCUUCAAUCAGCAGAUGAAGAAGCCAUUGUUGAACUUUUGGAUGAAAACCUUAAAUCAUCAAAAUAAAUCAGCUGAUUUAUUAUUUAUUAUUAUGUGAAUGGAAUGGGCCUAUCAAGAAACAGACUAAGACAUUGAAAUCUUUAUGAAUAUUCAUAAAUGAAGCUAUAAAUAUAUAUAUUUUAAAGAAUCAAAGUCACAUUUCUUGACUUGAGGAUUUAUUUUCUAUUUUAAUAAACAACCCAAAUUGUUUAUUAUUUGAAAUCCAGGCUGAUUUCGAACUUGAUGGCUUCCUGCCUCAAUUUACUGAGUGCUGGGAUAUAGGCAUAUACUACUCCUUAUAAAUUAAACAUUUUUCAUUUACUAUUUCAGGAAAAUGUAAAUUUUAGCGAUGAAAGAUUUAGACAUUUAAUUUGUAAAUCCCUUGUUUAAAGAUAGAGUACCAUGGUACCUCAGUUCAUGAACUUGAUUCAUCCCACAAUUCUGGAAAAGAUGGCCACAUUUGUGUUCGUGCAGGAAAGAUGGCCAUGGAUGUGUUCAUCAACUGAUUGAGAGUUCACAAACAAAAUCAAAAUUUUGCCAUAUGCUUAUGUUUUCAAACCAAAUCGUUCGCAAACAAAAGCAUUCAUGAAACAAGGUACCACUGUAUAGGUACUAUUAAUCAUGCCAGAGUUAAGACUGAGUAUUACUUUUUAAUAAAAAAUAAAAAUUGCAAAGACUAAAAUAAAAAAGGGCUUAGAACUGUAAAUAUCUCUUGUUAACUCAAGCAUCUCUCUCAAGGACCUGAGUCAUUCCUUUGAAAUAUAAUCACAAAGGACAGUUCCUCUGUCUCUCAGUGUCUAUGGGCAGAUAGCAUCCUAACUUCGGUCACGGUCAGGUAACAGACAUAGCUAACCUCAUCACAUUUACUCUGACCAAACAUUUAUAUGAUGUCAUGUCACUGGCUUUACUGAAUUACUUUAUUCUUCUCUUCCUCAUUUUCUUUUAAAAUGCUCAGCUCGCUUCUGCAAAAAUCCCAGUGGAGCUCAGCUCUUUCUUGUUGUCAGUAGUUACUUUUUACCUCUUUAGUGUUCAUUUAUCUGUGGGGUAACACUUUGACAUCAUAUAAACAAUGAUUCCUUACUGCUGUAAACAACUUCUGAAAUGGCCCUAGAGACCCUAUUAUUGGCAUUCAUGCUCUUGUGUAAUCUCUUAAGUAUGGACUAGAGGUGUCACUUUCCUCUAAGGAACAAUACAACAGAGAUGAUUGGAUUAUCACUUCUCACAUUGAGUUAUUAAGAGAUUAUUGCUUCUACCUGGGCAUGGUGGUGCACGCCUGUAAUCCCAGCACUCGGGAGGCUGAGGC